CACUCCCUCAGGAGAGUCCUCCCACCUCCCUACGUCUCCUGGUCUUCGGACAAUGAGGUGUGUGCGUGUGUGUAUGGGUACAUAAGGACUGCUCUCUGCACUAAACCUGAACACACCUGAAGACGGAUCACACCUACCGGUAUCUCAAGACAGCAGACUUAUUCCUUCAUCACUAUGGCAACAGUGUGGUUUCUGUUUGCGGUGCUCUGCAUUGCAACUGCAGCUCCAGCUGUCAAGGGCGGGAAGCAAGGAGUUGCCAUGGUAAAAAGUGAAGCUGUACCUGUCCUUGCAGUGACUUUCACUAUAUCUUCCACAGCUGUCGUUCCCAAAACGGAGGAAGCCGAUGUGGCAUUGAGGCAGAUAGAGGAGGAGCUGAAACAGAAGGAGGGGGUCUUGAAGGAGGUAGUGAUGGCGGCAGCACCUUCUGAGAAAGCCAUGAAGGAAGUAGGAGAGCCUCUGGUAGAACACACAAACGAGCUGCAAGACCCACAGUCUGAGAAACCAGAAGCUCAAGCUGUCUUCUGUCCAGACGGUUGGUUUGACCACGAUGGUCGCUGCUUCACCCUCACCCACAGCGCUUUGGACUGGAACAGCGCAGAGGAUCACUGCAAGUCCCUGGGCGGACACCUGGCCUCCAUCCACAACCCGGAAGAUAACCGCUUCCUCAAGCAGCUGGUCACGCUGGGGGGCCAGAAUGACGUGUGGAUAGGAUCCUACUUCUUACAGACCCGCUGGAGGUGGAUUGAUGGAACUGGAAUGUACUACCAAGACUUUAUCACCACGUCCUCCAGCACUAGCAGCGCCUGCACCUGCCUCAGAUCAAGUGGCUGGGCCAAAGCGAGCUGUAGCUCCAAUAUGAGAUUUAUCUGCAGUACGUCACCUGGCAGCUGUUAGCUAGCACGCUAACAUGUUAGCGAGCACGCUGACAUGCUAAUCAGCCCGGACACCAGGGCUCCGGACAACCGUACAUAAAUCCUGACCUUUGUCCUCUUCCUAUUUCUGGCUUCAGAUCCUGAAUGACAGAAUGAAAAAAAUGUUUAAAAUCUCUAUUGAGUUUUGAACUUCUGGAUGUUAAAUAAUCUAUCACUGUGUGCUUUGAUCCUGUAAUAAAUCAAGUUUUACUGAAUAA